AUUCAAUAUAAACAACAUGCUUUAAUUUGUGUACAAAAUUUUAUAUUAUCAUUUUCAUCAUGGAAUAUCUCUGGAAUAAUAUUGAAUUGCCUAUGCCUCCUUUAAAAACUGUUGCAGUAAAAAGAAUAAAAUUCGAUUUAAUAAAGUUGAGAAAAAUUCUUCAAGAUGCUAUAGACUUCUUUGAAUGCCAGAUAAAUUUUAAUGAAAAUGCUUUGUUAUGUACUAAACUUAUUAUGAAGAGAAAAAAUUCUUUUAAGCAUUUCAAAGGCUUUCAGGAUAUGAGCAAAGUAAAAGCAACAUUAAAUAAAUUAGAAAAAAUUAAUCUUCCAAAUGUGUUGAAAAAUUUUAUUGGAUUACUACCCGAAUCAAUAUUUUCAUUGGAGCUACCACCUAAAGCGAAUUUAGACUAUGUACUAUUACGAAUAAUCGGUUAUUACAACGUUUUAAAUAGAGCCACCAAUUGCUGUAAAAAUGCUGUUGCAUAUUUUGUAAAAAUCUUUCAAAAAUAUUUUUUUUUCGAGACACUGUCAUUAUUUUUAUCUGUUUUGUCUAAAAUUUGGUAUGAUGGAAAUCUAAUAUUAAAGUUCACUUCAAAACUAUACAUUGAUUUGAAAAAUUUUCUUCAAUAUCUGCCACCUAACAAUAUAAAAUAUAAUUUCGAUGAUUUUAUAUUUCCUAAAAGGCUUGGUGAUAUUGAAGAUACGAUAAGUUUAAAUGAAGAAAAUUUUGGGAAAAAAGAUGAAAUAAAUAAUAUCCAAAAAUUAACUCUGAUUAUGAAACAAAAGCCGGUUGAUAAUAUUAAUUCAAUUAUAACUGAUCAGAGUUGUACUGAUAUUGGCGAAGUAAUAUGUAGAGAAGAUAUUGUAAUUACAAAUAAUAUUGAAAGCAGAAAUAAAAAAGUAGUUUCAAAACCAAAGAAUUUAAAUUCUUUAAGCAAAAGUUCAACAGAAAAACUUAUAAAAUCAAAUAAAGUUUCGAAAACUAAGUCACAAAAUAAUGAGAACUUGUUAUGUGUAAAAGAAACACCAACAAAUAAUUCCGUCAUUUCAAAAGAGUCAAAGAAGAAAAAAGAAAAGCAUAAAAUGAAGAUUGUAAAAAGUUCUGAUAACUCAAUUAAGAUUGAAGAGGAUUCUUGUAUGGAUGAAAUAUUAAAACGAAUUAAUCAAAUAAAAACCAUCAGUGAAAUAAAAACAUUUUUUACUGAUGAAAGUUUAAGAAGGAAACAAUCAAAAAAUACCUUAUCAACUACGAACAUUUCAAACAAAGAAUGGUCCAAAUUUAAAAAAGUAAUUCUUCAAAAAGCAAAAUGUGAAAAAGAAAAGCGUUGUGUUAAAAUUUUCAAAAAAUUUUUAAAUAAAAGAAUGUUGAGCUAG